CACAUGGAAUCCAGAAAUAAAUCUCAAGUUUCAGAAUUUCUUCUUCUGGGGUUUUCAGAGGAACCAGAAUUACAACCCUUCAUCUUUGGUCUUUUCCUGUCCAUGUACCUGGUCACCAUCUUUGGGAACCUUCUCAUCAUCCUGGCCACCAUCUCUGACUCUGACCUCCACACACCCAUGUACUUCUUCCUCUCCAAUCUGUCCUUUGCUGACAUCUGUAUAUCCUCCACCACUGUCCCAAAGAUGCUGGUGAAUAUUCAGACACAGAUAAAUGUCAUUUCUUAUGCUGGCUGCCUCAGUCAGAUGUCCUUUUUCUUACUCUUUGCAGUGUUGGAGGACUUCCUCCUGACUGUGAUGGCCUAUGACCGCUUUGUUGCUGUCUGUCACCCCCUGCACUACCUGGUCAUUAUGAAUCCCCGGCUCUGUGUCCUGCUGCUUCUGGGCUCCUGGUUCAUAAGUGUCCUGCAUUCUUUGUUACACAGCUUUAUGGUGUUGCAGCUCUCCUUUUGUACACACCUGGAAAUCCCCCACUUUUUCUGUGAACUUCAUGAGAUGACCCAACUUGCCUGUUCAGACAGUUUCAUCCAUGACAUAGUGAUGUAUUUUGCAAUUGGGCUGCUGGGUGUGGUUCCUCUUGCUGGGAUCCUUUUCUCUUACUCUAAGAUUGUUUCCUCUAUAUGUGCAAUCUCAUCAGCUCAAGGUAAGUAUAAAGCAUUUUCCACAUGUGUGUCUCACAUCUCAGUUGUAUCCUUAUUUUAUUUUACAAGCCUAGGGGUGAACUUUAGUUCUUGUGGUACACAGAAAACCCAUUCAAAUGCACCAGCCUCAGUGAUGUAUACUGUUGUCACACCCAUGCUGAACCCUUUUAUCUACAGUCUAAGAAAUAAAGAUAUAAAAGGGGCUCUGAAAAAAUUCUUUGGAUUAAGUUCUCAUUAG